AAACAAGCGACAUAUAGCUAAAUAUUUGUUUGUGUAAUCAUCUCUGUGUCUGUGUGUGUACGGAGUAGACAUUCGAGGUUUAACUGUACAGGGUUUAUAGUUGUAUAAUAGGCUAUGAUACAAGUUAUGGUAUUAUGGAGAUUUUUCAUCAGUUGGUGAAUUUACUUACUCCUUCGCUGAGUCAACGUCUGUAACUAGCAUAGGUAGAGUAAAUUACGUUCUACUCCUAUGUUGUAGGUUUAUGUUGUGGCCAUGUCUACCCACGUGUUCUAUUCUUCGGAAGCUUGUAAACUACCCAUUUAUCAGUUCAAGAAAGAGCUCAUCCAGGCGGUGAAAGACAACACUUUUCUGGUUGUCACUGGGGAGACUGGUAGUGGAAAAACUACACAGCUGCCUCAGUACCUUUACGAAGCAGGUCUAUGUAAGGAUGGUAAAAUUGGCGUAACGCAGCCUCGGAGGGUGGCAGCCAUCACUGUAGCCCAGAGGGUCUCCCAGGAGAUGGGUAUGAAACUUGGGGAAGAAGUUGGUUAUCAAGUGCGCUUUGAUGACUGCACAUCCAAGAACACCAUGAUCAAGUACAUGACCGAUGGCUGCAUGCUGAGGGAAAUUCUCGCAGAUUCAGUCCUCACUCAUUACAGUGUCGUUGUUCUUGAUGAGGCCCAUGAACGGAGUUUGAACACGGACAUCUUGAUUGGGCUUUUGAAAAAGACUAUGUCCAAAAAGACCUCACAUGGCCGGACAGUGUGUCUGAAAGUGGUUGUCAUGUCUGCAACAUUGGAAACAGAGAAACUAUCCGCUUUCUUGGGACACUGCCCAGUGUUUACCAUCCCUGGUCGAACAUUUCCUGUUACUGAGAAGUUCCUCAACCUGAUUGGUCCAAAGGACACUGAGCGUUCAGCUUAUGUUAAAGAGGUUGUCAAGGUGGCUCUUGAUGUGCACACCAAUGAAAGGGCCGGGGAUAUACUGGUGUUUCUGACAGGUCAAUCAGAAAUCCAGAAAGCCUGUGACCUAUUGUUCCAGAAGGCUGAGGUCAUAGACUACCGGUACGACGUGAACGACUCAUCUGUUGAGGGCCUUCUCAUCCUUCCUCUGUAUGGAGCCAUGCCAACAGAUCAGCAAAAGCAGAUAUUUCAGCCUCCUCCUGAAGGUAUCAGGAAAUGUGUGGUGGCCACCAAUAUAGCGGCUACAUCUCUGACCAUCAACGGAAUAAGAUAUAUUGUUGACAGUGGAUUUGUGAAACAACUGAACCACAGCCCCAGGGCUGGCAUGGACAUACUUGAAGUUGUCCCCAUAUCAAAGAGUGAGGCCCAGCAGCGAGCAGGCAGAGCGGGGAGAACCUCUGCGGGGAAAUGUUUCCGUAUCUACAGCAAGGACUACUGGGAGAAGUGCAUGCCAGACUACACAGUUCCGGAGAUUCAGAGGACCAGUCUCACAGCAGUCAUCCUCACACUCAAAUGCCUGGGUGUUCAUGAUGUCAUCAGGUUUCCAUAUUUGGAUCGUCCAGAGGAGAGACUCAUACUGACUGCUUUGAAGCAGCUCUAUCAAUAUGAUGCAAUAGACAGGAGAGGUCAGGUUACCAGCUUGGGUAAGCUGAUGGUAGAGUUCCCCCUCCACCCUGGCCUGACUAGAGCCCUGCUCAAGGCUGCUGCUUUGGACUGUGAGGACAUCAUGCUCCCUGUGGCUGCUAUGUUGUCUGUGGAGAACGUCUUCAUUCGACCAGGCCAGCCAGAGACACAGAAGGAAGCAGAUCAGAAACAUCGACAGAUUGCAUCGGAGGCUGGCAGCUUUAAUGAUUUUGUCAUGCUCCUGAAUGUGUUUGAAAAAUGCAAAGCAAGCAGUGACAGUCCAUCUGCCUGGUGCAGAGAUCACUGGAUCCAUUGGAGGGCUGUGAAAUCGGCAUUCAGUGUGGAGUCUCAGCUCAGAGAGAUCCUACACAGAUUAGAGGAGCAGGGAGCGGUUGAGAAGGAGAAGUGGGAUGGCAGUAGGAGUGAGCUCUUCAGAAGAUGUCUAUGCCUUGGGUACUUCACCAAUGUUGCCAGGAGGUCUAUAGGGAAAUCAUUCUCCACAAUGGAUGGGCAUGGAUCCACUGUACACAUUCAUCCAUCUUCAGCGCUCUCUGGCCAGGAGUCCCAGCUGGACUGGAUCAUCUUCCACGAUGUGCUAGCCACCUCGCGGAUGUUUGUGCGGACAGUGUGCCCAAUCCGCUAUGAGUGGGUAAAGGACUUGCUGCCUAAGUUGCAUGAGGUGGACGUGUAUGAGCUGAGCAGUGUUGCACGAGAGGAAGUGACCGAUGAGGAGGUUGCAAAGUGGGAAUCCAAAGAAGCCUUGAAAAGACAAGCUGCAGAAUCAUUUGAAGAUGUUUCCAAAAAGCUUGAGAAGCGGAAUAAUGAAAAUUCCAUCACAGAGGCUCGUGCACGGUACAUGCAACGGAAACAGGAACGUCAACAAGGGAAAAAUCAAUGAUGAGGGAUAUAAGAUGCUUAACAACAAGUAUAUUUUUCUGUUGAAUUCCGAGAAGUCUUUCAAGGCAUCACUGUGAAACGUACGUUCAUUAUUGUGCCAUAUUGUGUAUUACCAGUAAAUAUAUUUUUAUACCUUUAUUACAGUUCCAGAACACUGACAGUUUGUAUAGAGUUGCAGAGACUGCACUGGACACAUUUGGCCUUUGGGCUGUCUUGGUAUAACCUGUAUAUUACUGUCUAUUACUCCUCUAUGACAUCAGUUUUUAAGGAAAGUCAUGCACAAAAAAAAAUCUGUUGUCAUUGUGUGGGU